GAACAACGAAUGAAUGGCGUGUAUGAAAGUUGAAAAUGUUUUUUUGACUUAGAAAAUAGAAAAGUUACAUACAUAUUAAUUGAAUUUAAGGAUAAAAAUAUUCGCUGCACAUACCCCUAUGGAUACAUGUGACGUUGUAAGGGGGGGAAAUAAAUAAAAGGUUGGGUGGGCAGAGUGUGUUUGUAAUUGUACCAAUAGGAUUGAAUUUGAGAGGUUUGCUUUAUUGUGAUGGGCGUAUCCCCUGAUAUUCUGGAGGAGGCCUUGGCUCUAGCCUCCCUAUCCACUAACGUAGACGGUUACAUCUCUAUAUGCGGUUACGGCUCUCUCCUCUCCGAGAAAAGUGCCAGAAGCACGUUUCCCCAACUAACUAACUUCCGAACCGCCAGAUUAACCGGUUUCCGCCGUCUCUUCUCCAUCGUUGGAUCCUUCUUUUUCACUCAUCAAAUCGCCAACCUCGAAACUCAGGAAAUUGCUGGCCUCUCUGUUGAACCUUGUCAAGGUGAAACCAUUAUUGUUACUGUUUUUGAUAUUCACAAAACUCAGAUUCCCGCCUUUAUUCAAAGAGAGCGCGAAUAUCGCUUUUUAGCUGUUGUUCCUGAAACAUUAGAUGGGAAGCCCUUUACCAAUCCAGCAGUCCUUUGUGCAUCUUACACUGAUGAGGAAUUCUUUAAAUUUAAAUGCAGUGAGGGAAGGGAAAUAUAUUUUCAACAAUAUGGAGAAUGUAAUAUCCAUAAGAUUUGGCGGGAUGACGUUUUACCAUGCCGUGUUUAUCUUCGACACUGUGUCCUAGCAGCAAAAAGCCUCGGUGAUGAAGCAUACAGUAACUUCUUGGAUCAUACCUUCCUUGCUGAUCGCAAAACAACAAUACAACAGUACUUGGAGAAAAUGGGCACAAGCAUCAUGGAAGAAGAACCUCCUGAAUCUUUGAAAACACGAUAUGGCGGUUGAUUAUAUCCAAUAGUCGCUACACUUGUCAGUUGUCGCCAAAGCUCUGGCCUAUGGAGUUUUCCAUUUCUGAAUUUGAAAAUCCCCGUGUACUUUCGAUGUGUGAAACACAGACAAGUGCAUUAUUUUUCACGAAUCUAUAUGCGUCCAAUAUUGAUGUGUAUGGAUUGCAUAUCUACGAUCGCUGCAAAGUGCAGCAGCCUAGCAUGAAAAUAAAAUUAUGUAUAGAUUCAAAUAUUGUGAACUUUCCUAUUGGUUGUAAUUAUGCAGUAUUUGUACUGUGAUGAUAGAUAAACCAAAGCUAGUCAUCAAAAAGUCUGCCUCAUUUUAUUUUCACUA